UCUCGUUCCUCCACCGAGUCCGUCUGCGUGCCGCGCUGCUGUGAAUGCACCAUGGGAAAUCCUGAACGCACCCCCAGCAUCCUCUUCUGCCUGAUCCAUGCGUUGCCGAUGGUGACAGCAUUCAACGUUGAUGCAGCAGCAUGGAAACACAUGAGUAUGCCCACGCCCUCCUUUGGCUACAGAGUUAUUCAGGAGGAUACAGCAAGUGUGCUAGUGAGCGCUCCACUAGAGCAGUACGGAGGCAAUAUGAGAGGACGGCUUUACCAGUGCCAGCUUCCCACGGGCUCCUGCUCACUGGUGAACAUCAACGUGCCCAGUUCGGCGGUGAACAUGUCACUUGGGCUCACAAUGUCCAAGAGUGAUGUGGGCAGAAAGACGAUGGUGUGUGGGCCAACCAUCCCUAUAGAGUGUGACAGAAUGACACAGUAUGGUGGAAUGUGUUUUGGCCUCAACAGCAGGGGCCGACCAGAUGGACCUGUGCCACGCAGUCUAGAAGAGUGCCAGGCCACAGACAUUGCCUUCCUGCUGGACGGCUCGGGCAGUGUGAGUCCUCCUGAAUUCUUGGCCAUGAAAAAGUUUGUGGUAAACCUGAUCGAAAAGCUCCUGAAGAAGAACACACAGUUCGCCAUUUCCCAGUAUUCCAGUGCUUGCCAAAUCCAUGUGAACUUCAACAACCAGUUUAGGAACAAAAGGCAAUGGGAAUCCCAGGUGAAUAACAUCCGGCAGCAACAAGGAGGAACUAACACUGCUGGAGCAAUCAGAAAACUCUUAAAUGAACUGUUUGUAUCCUCUGGAGGGGCACGGCCCAGUGCCAACAAGAUCCUCAUCGUCAUCACAGACGGGGAGUCCCAAGAUGGCGCUUCCCUCCCCUCUGUGAUAGCUCGGGCUGAUGCUAAGAAUAUUAUCCGAUACGCCGUAGGGGUUGGAGACGCUUUCAAACGUUCCAGUGCACGAGAAGAGCUCAACAAGAUUGCAACAUCCCCAACGGAGCAUGUGUUCAAGGUGGACAACUUCGCAGCCCUGGACAUGAUCAGUGACACCUUGCAGCAGAACAUUAUUGCUAUUGAGGGUACACAGACCUCGGGUGAGGCCACCAAGAUGGAGUUCGCCCAGAACGGAUUCAGUGCUGUGUUCUCCUCCUCCCCUUCGAGCAAUUACUUCCUGGGGACGGUGGGGGCGUACGGUUGGACAGGGGGAUUUCAGCAGUUCUCUGGAAGCUUACAAAACCCCAGCAUGAUGAAGGUCGAUUCAAUGUCACCUGACAGCUAUCUGGGCUACUCUCUGGAUGUGGCCUGGAGGGACUCAACGAACUACAUCAUCCUGGGAGCUCCACGAUAUGAGCACAAGGGCCUGGUGAUGGUCGUCAAGAGUGACAACCACAACAUCAGACAGAGCCUGAGACAGACCCCAGGGCAGAUUGGUUCCUACUUUGGAGCAGAGGUGUGUGUGGUAGACGUAGAUGGAGAUGGCUUGUCGGACCUGAUUCUGGUCUCAGCUCCCAUGUACACAGAUGAUGAGUUUGAGGGCAAAGUCUUUGUCUACAAGUUCCAGAAAGGGUACUUCUACAGUGCAGUGCAGGACACUGGUGUGUCCCUGCUGGGGCUGGAGGGUCAGAGGGGGAGGUUCGGCUCGUCUCUGGCCAGCCUGGCUGACCUGAACGGGGACGGGAUCAGGGACGUGGCCGUGGGAGCUCCUCUGGAGGAUAACGGACAGGGCAGCGUGUACAUCUUCAACGGGAGGAGAGGAGGAAUCAACCCCACCUACUCACAGAGGAUAGUGGCUUCCUCGGUGCGUCCCAGACUGCAGUUCUUUGGGUUGACUGUGGCUCCGUCUGCUUUGGACCAGAGUGGUGAUGGGCUGCCAGACAUCGCAGUUGGGUCCAAAGGAGAGGUUCUGCUGCUCAGGUCCCGUCCCAUCGUUUCCAUAGAAACGACAAUGACCUUUGAACCUGCUAAGAUUCCCACCAGCAUCUCAGACUGCACCCAGCCACAGCCGACUGUGGCCAAGAUCUGUUUCUCCAUGAGGAAGGAGACUCGUGACUCCUUAGCCGUGCGAGGGACGCUCCGGUACAACUUGACGGUGGACGCGACCCGGAAUCACUUCCGCGCCUCGUUCGGCGCCAAGAAACGCUCCCAGACUGGUGCAGUCGAUCUGGCAGUCACUCUUGGGCAGAGUGUUACCUGCACAGAGCAGACCUUCCAAGUGGAGUGUUCUCCAGAGGACAUCCUGAACCCUCUGUUCAACAGCUUGUCCUUCGUGUUUGAGGGACUCCCCAUUUCUCGGACAGAGAACUUGAGGCCGGUUCUGUCUCCCUCCUCAGACACCACUGCCACACACACACUGGACUUUGAGAUCGACUGUGGGAAGGACAAAGUCUGUGUGGACAACCUGAGAAUUGACUUCAACUUCUCUGGGUCCACAGCCAUCGAGGUGGGCAUCGCCCAGGAGCUGAGUGUGACCGUGACGGUGGAGAACAGAGGCGAGAACUCCUACAAUACCCACUUCUACCUCAGCUACCCCCCCGGCCUCUCCUACAGGACCUUUAAAAAGAACACGGGUCGGGUGGAGUGUACGUCUCGAGACAGCGAGGACCGACUCACCGCUGGACUGACCACCUGUGACAUCAACAGGCCUGUCUUCAAAGCUGGCGAUAAGGCCGUGUUUGUGAUUCAGUACGGCAUCGACAGCAGUGGGCGUCUGGGCCAGCAAGCCAACUUCACAGCCAAAGCUGACAGUGGUAAUGGAGAGCAUGACAAAGACAGCAUCACAUCCUUAACCAGACACAUUGGAGUCAAGUACAGCAUCUACAUCAUCAUCAAAAGGUCUGAUGACUCCACCAACUACAUCAACUUCACUGCAGGGGAGAACAACGUGGCCAAACCAGUGCAGCAGAAUCUACAGGUGGUGAAUGCGUGGAGGGACCUGACAGUGACUGUGUUUGUGAAGGUACCUAUCAAGCUGCAGGAGGAGAGCAUCUGGACGGACCUGGACAGUAUAAAGAUUGCUGGAUGUGGUACUUAUACAGACGUGAAGCCUGUGGGAGAUGUCAUAAAGACACUGCAAAAACAUCUCGCCUUGGACUGCUCUGUGGCGGAGUGUAGAGUGUUCACAUGUAACGUCAUGCUGACGGAGAACAGCCAGCGCUUCCUCAACAUCUCAGGAAAUGUGAGCUCCUCUUGGAUUGAGAAGACUGGGCUCAGAGAGGCUCAGUUGGAGCUGAUCACCGAGGCGACCAUGAAGUACGACCAAAACAAAUACAUCUACUUCUCAGACUCCAGGAAGCAGCCCCCUGUCUCCAAGAUCAAGACUACUGUGGAGGUGUACGACGUGCCCAACUUCACCAAGGAGAUCAUCGGGGGCACGGUGGGGGGGCUGCUCCUGCUCGCGCUCAUCACCGCCGGGCUGGUGAAGGCUGGUUUUUUUAAGAGCCAGUACAAACAGAUGAUGGAGGACGCUGGACAGCAAACGGAGGGAGGUCCAGAGGAGUGACUUUGAGUGUGUGUGUGUGUGUGUGUGUGUGUAUGUGUGUAUAUGUUAUUCUCAAAAUAAUAUUCUAUUAUUUUUUUAUUCAAUUUUAUUUGUCAUUAGUAUUGGUAUAUUGAGUUACUUGAAAUAUUUUUUUGUUGUGUUUAUCUGAGUAAGGCACAAUCAAUGAGGGAUUGUUUUGUUGAACAUAUUCUGACUAAUCACAGCAGUAAGAUUUUGUACAGAAGUGGGAUUUGUUCACCUCGUAUAGUCAUUGUGUGUGUAAAAAAAGCUCUGUGGAUACAUCAGUGUGUGUUCCGAUUACAGGGGUCCCAUACUCUGGACCUAUACACAGGGUACUCAUUUGCUAACACAGUUUCAUUUGGACUGCCCUGGUGUUUGGAUUUACGAGAUCACAACAGAUUUGGCUCACAACAUUUCAGACGUGUUUUGGAAUACAAUAAAGUUUUGUUUAGAAUGUAGAGGAUCUAUGUCUCUAUAGCUUCACAUAAUCCAAUCUUUAAAAAGCCAAACAAAUCUUAAUCUGCAAAUACGGCUGCCGCAGACCAUCUACUGAACUCAGAGUGCCAUCUAACCUCCAGUGUAAUGAUGCACUGUAGCUAUGUUCACUAGCUCACUUUGAACUGAACGCCAUCACUUCCUACGGAACGGAAUAUCACUGAACAUGAGAACCCUGCACAGUUCACUUUGCAUUCCACUAAGAGGCGAUCGGAAUGCACCCUGAGUUAAGUAUUGUGGGGACAUCAGUGUGUGGUAGUCUGAAUAAGGCUUUGACAGGACAUUUGUGUGUGUUAAUAUGAGUGAGGUUUUAUGGGGACAUCAGUGUGUGGUAGUCUGAAUAAGGCUUUGACAGGACAUCUGUGUGUGUUAAUCUGAGUGAGGUUUUAUGGGGACAUCAGUGUGUGGUAGUCUGAAUAAGGCUUUGAGAGGACAUUUGUGUGUGUUAAUAUGAGUGAGGUUUUAUGGGGACAUCAGUGUGUGUCAGUCUGAAUAAGGCUUUGAGAGGACAUCUGUGUGUGUUAAUCUGAGUGAGGUUUUAUGGGGACAUCAGUGUGUGUCAGUCUGAAUAAGGCUUUGUGAGGACAUGUGUCUCUGUGUGUGUGUGUGUGUGUGUGUGUGUGUGUGUGAUAGUUUGAGCAAGGUUUUGUGGGGACAUCAGUGUUAGACUGAAUAUGUGAGGAUGUCAGUGUGUUAGCACUUGGCCAUUUCAGGUCUUAAUCUGAUUUUGGGUUUGUUCCUUAAAUCCAGGACUCCUCAUUCCAUCAAAUUAAACGUACAGAUUUUGAGUUAAGUUCUUAUAUUAGAGGUUGUACAAGGACUUUUGCUGACUUGUUUGUUUUCUAUUCUGAGGACAUAAUGUGUACCUUAUGCAGCUGUAGCUUUGAGUGAAUGUUUACUUUGAUUGGUUCGUUUUGGGUCCAAGAAAGGAAUUUGAGUAGCGACUGCGAGAUAAGAACUUGAUUUUGUGUUUAUGUGUUUAUCAGUUGUGAAUAUGUGACUAUAUUUGUACUUAUUUCAUGAAAAAAAAUAAGCAAUAAAGUCUUACAACAAUUUA